CAUAUCUGGACAAGAUAUUGACGAGCAAACCCAGCUAUCACGCCAUUACUACCGCCGUAAUCAGCUCUUUUUCAAGUAUUCAAAAACGCGAAUUGUACAUGAUUACUUUUCGCAAUGACUGCAUCGUCGCAUGAAAUAACGGAUACGACAAUCACCACCACAAAGCCAAAUGGAUGAUAAGCGUGCAGAUGCAGAUGCUCUUCGCUAUGGCCAUCCAGGUCCGGCCACCUACUCUGCAUCCUCUCAGUCGUGGAACUUUUCUCGAGACUUUAGCCGCAGAUACAUACUUUCCCAUACUGGGUUACAAAAACUAGCUGUUCCUCCACAGUCAAGCGUGUCAGGUCUGGAGAGAGAUCGAAAUGAAGAGCAAGCGCUGUUUAAAGGCUAUCCUGAGCUUCUUGGAGUGACGCUAUCCUUUGAGCGGAUGGAAGAAAUAUCCAGAAUGAUACAUGAGGCAACCUCGUUUUUUGAUCCGAAGAUAUCCUCCUUGAUAGACUUUGGAAAUGCGGUACCGUCGAAUUUCGAUCGAUCGGAAAAACCACCACCUAUUCCUAUCGCAGCGUUUGCCACGGGAAGAAAUGGAAAUAUUCUUUCUUUUUGGUCCAUUGACAACCAAUCAAUCAGCACCAACCAAAAGCCAGAAAUAUUUAUCCGUGUUCCCACAAUAGGCGGUUCUUACAUGUCCAAUUCGCCUUGUGGUGAGUCUCCUAUACGUCAAAUACGGUUUGCGGAGAGCCUCGAAGAGCCGGCAAGUCUCCUAGCAGUUCGGCUGGAAUCAUGUACCUUGAUUUUACAACCCCGCUAUCACAAAAGCCUUUUGCCUGUACAGCCACUGGGUACUUCCAGUCAUAAGCGAUUUCCGCUUCAAAGUCAAUCUCGUAUUAGCCCUAAUCUUCUCGUCGAAAUUACAACCUCUCAAACAGGAGGGUUUCCUCACGUUGAUGUGGCUUUCAAUCCUUGGUUUCCGAGCCAAGUCGGUGUCAUUGACGAGCGAGGCAAUUGGAAUCUCUGGGAUUUAUCUAACCUCCUUGAAAUUGAAAAUGGUGGUAGUACUACUAUUGAGCAUUUGCAAUCUGGUUCACUGCCUUGGUCUGAUUUGAACGGACACUUGGAUGCCGAUGUGUCUGUUCAGUAUGACGGGUGGGGGAAAAUUGAAUGGGUUGGAAAUGUUAAUACCUUUUUCGCCUGCAAUCGACGCGACGCCGUUCUGUAUAUCACGGAGGAUACCACUGCUAUGUCUUGCACUGUGGAGUUCAAUUGGGGUUCUCCGUCUGAAUGGAUAUUAGAUGUGAAAGUUCCUUCACAUGCUCCUGAAAUAUUCAUUCUUACCACUUUAAGAGUUCUGUGUCUGGAUAUAAGUUACCUUAUACAACAUCCUCAGUCUUCAGUGAGCCCACGACUAUCGUGGCGACAUAAUCGUGAUCCAGAUGAUCUUACUUUGCGAUUGACAUCUAUUUCUGUUGGUGAGGAGUAUUACCUCGUUCUCUACUCUCGCCUUGAUGCCUGUAUUCUGGCCUUCCAGGUAUCAUUUCCCCGUGUUGAUGAUUCAAUGACCACCUGUUUCGCCGAGCCUUUUUAUGUCUAUAUCCCCCCGACUUCGAUCGAUCAAGGGCUCGCCACGAUCAGGCACACGGCUUUCCUUAAAACCAUAUUGUUCAAAGAAGUUGAACAAGAAGCUUUAACGGAUCAGGAUGAUUUUGCGCCUCAUGCUAGGCUUAUAAAGCUCUUUGUCCUUGAUGAUACACUCUCUAUCCGGGAACACCUGUUUUCAUUACCUCUUACUCAGGGUACAUCAUCUGCUACUGACUUUAUAACGAGUCGAGAUGCCUUGCCACUUAUGAAGAGAACUGCGUAUCUACAGAAAAAGGAGCUGUUUGAGUUGGACCUUUUGGGUAUUGGUGAAUCGGACAUAGGUGAAUUAGCAUCCCAAUAUAGCUUUACGCAUAACUUGUCAGAAUCUGUGUCAUUAGCAAAGCCAUUCUCUUCCCGUGCGGCUGUAGAUUUUACGUUGCUUUAUGCGACUCUCGCAGGGCAUCGUUCACCUUCUCCGAAAGAUUCGACAGAUACAUCAUUUAUUCGUGUUUACCGAAGUCUCAAGCAGUGUUUGGAGCGGCUGGCUGCGUCUUUUCUGGAUACCACUGAAAUCGAACCUGUUACUGGCCAAACGAUGCUAGAAAUCAUCAAUAGUCUUCCUGUCUCUUCGGAUAUAGACGAAAGCUCCCAGGACAUCUUCUGGUACAUUUCACAGUUCGCUCAGAUCAGUAAAACUACCGGAAGUCUGAUGUAUUACCUACCGCUAGGAAUGUCGAUACAACAUGUUGACAAAUUGGCAAAGUCGGUAGUCUCAUACCAGCGGUUCAACAUGUUGGAAUUUUACGAUAAACUCACUCAAUACUGGUUAUCUACCUUGCCCGAGGAUUUACCGGCAUGGACUCGUGUUUCAAAGGAAAAGGCUAUACGGAAUAUAACGACAGAACUAUCUUUGGCGACUAUGACAUACAUAGGCACGCCGCUAUUUACCAGUCCUGGUGCAGUUGUGGUUCCUAGCACUCCUCAGGAAACAGACCUAAUGCCAAGCUCGAGUCAUACCUCAGAGCUCGACCAUAGCCAAGUUGGUGUACGAGAGACGUACGAUAUGCUUGGACUCGGUUCACUUGUUGGGAAAGUCACCGAUGACACACUGCCAACCGCCGCAGAAGAUAUUCUCUCUGAUUGGGUUAUAGGAGGAGACCCCCAUGCCGUGAAUUGGAGAAAGAUUAUCUCCUAUGAUGCUUCAACAAACAAGACCACAAUGCCAGAACGAGUACGGAGGCUUUCACGAUCACGAUCACGAGGUCUUACAGAAGACUUAAAGCUUAUACGAUCUUCCCCGAUUGUACCCAUUGUUCAAGACUCCGGAAGCCAGUCUUAUCAAACAAUCCCCAGAGACAAGCUUUUUAGCAGUCAAGUAGUUGAAGAGAACCUGCCUAUGACUCAAGUCGAACGAGGCCUCUUCGGUGGUAGACAAGGGGCCAGGUCAAGAAAGAAGAAGAGAACGGCAGGUUUUUGAUCGGCAUUAGCAUUUUCCUAUAGCUUGUGGCAGCAAUCGUAUCAAGUGUUCAGAUAUAUCUAGUCAUGUAUGUGUGACGUAGUAAAGCCCUUGUUUUAGAUAUAUGGCGGGUGAGUGUAAUUAGUAUGAUUUUUCUAUACCUAUUUACAAUAUCUUACAUGCUGG